AGUGAUUAGACAAGAAACGCGGUCUUCAGACGAGUUUCAAUCGCAUGGGGCGAGAGUUUUCGAACUGUCAGUUGAGUUUCGGUAGUGUUUUUUAAUUGUGCGUGUAUGUGACUUGUGGAAUAAAAACAGUGAAACAUAAGUUUUAAAAGGACGAGUUUUACUUGUGGACUUUCAAUUUAUUUAUAUGCAAUCCUUUUUUGUUAGGAAACCAAGUCCAGCAGUUCGUAAGUUCUACCCAUGUUGAGUGAUAUCGUAAAAUAUAAACAAAACCUGAUUUGAAGAACAAAACUACAAAAUAAAUGAACCCAGAAUUCGCUCAGGUACUUGGGAAGAACCGACAUGUGAACAUAGAGUGGCGCCCCCGCUUACUCACUCCCGCACCCUGCAACACACUGGUUCUCAGAGGAGUUCUGAGGACAGUUGGUGUUCGGGGUCCGAUCCAGAACUGUCUUCGGACGAGGAAAGCGAUAGAAGCGGCGCAUCCAGUAAUAGGAGUAAUGGUCAGCUUAGAAACACGUUGAACAAAGCACGUACGCUGUGUGAUAAAUGGCGGGGAAGUGGAGGCAUAGGUUCGAACAACCGUCUGUCAUUGGACAGUGCUUUGCCAGUCGACACUUCCCCCCAAAAUCAUGGCAGAUUGUCCCGAUGGUUUUCCAUCAGAAGAGGGAGUAACCAUCAAUAUGAUAUAGAAAAUGCAGACGCCCAAAGAACCCCACCAAAUUCCAAUAAAAUGCCACAAUUACCCGAGGUAGAAGAAGAAGCUGGUUUACAUUUUUCCAGCUGCAAUUCUUCCCAGCGGCGGCAGCUACCACCCAGUUUGCCCCCGCCUCCUCCUAAUUUAACCCCCUUACAGUUAAAAAGGAGGAUGAUAGUAUCAGCCAUUGUACAUAGUGAAAAUUCAUACAUAGCUACUCUACAAAGGCUAGUAAACGAUUACAAAAAGCCCUUAGAAGAAAGCAACCCUCCAGUGUUAAGCAGUUCAAAAAUCCAGACUUUAUUCCAUAGACUACCAGAGAUCUUACAGUGCCAUACACUUUUUCGAAUAGCUAUAGCAGAAUAUGUCAGAAAUUGGGACAGAGACGAGAAGAUCGGUGAUGUGUUCGUAGCUUCGUUUUCCAAAGCUAUAGUGCUGGACAUUUAUAGCGGUUUCAUCAACAACUUUUCCGUUGCCAUGGACCUUGCGAAAAUGGAAGCUAAAAGAAAAUCGGCAUUGGCAGAUUUUCUUAAGGUGAAGCAAAUCAGUUCACAUGAUCGAUUAUCAUUUUUUGGACUCAUGGUCAAACCUGUCCAAAGAUUUCCACAGUUCAUUUUAUUUCUACAGGAUCUAUUAAAAUACACUCCACAUGGCCAUCACGACCGCAUGUCUCUCCAGCUAGCUCUAACCCAACUCGAAUCAUUGGCAGAAAUGCUCAACGAAAGAAAGAGGGAAGCGGAACAAUAUCAAGCAUUCAAAGAAAUGCUGAGAAAUAUUAGCGGAAAAUUCUCUGUCAGGCCAUUGUCAGACAGUAAUAGGUAUCUUCUAAGGGAAGAUAAUGUAACACAAUUGGAAUAUAGCCAAAACGGCAUGAUAACCAAAGCAAAGAGCCGACGACUACUUCUCCUUAACGAUCUAGUUGUCUGCGUCGCGGUAGCUUCCAAGUCAGCUGACGAUUUCAGCAACAAUGAAAGACUGAGUCUAAAAUGGACCUAUCCCGUAUCGGACAUUGAAAUUCAAGAUACCAGUACUUCUCCUACGCUUAGUAGGAUACUUACGUCACACGGUUCUAAGGGAGGAAGCGUGAAGUCUAACGGCUCAUUCGAAGGAACUCCUCCACAAGAAGCAAGUAACUUAUGUGCAGAGAUGAGCAACCUCAUGCACGACUAUGAAGUUAUGAGCAGAAUAAGCGAUCUUACUGGUCAACUAAAGGGUAGCUACAAAGACAUUAACCUAGAUAAUUCUAGAAAAAUACUUCACCAAAUCCAGAGUUCAAUCCAACAAAAGGACGAAGAAAUGGCAUGGAUGGACUCGUGUUGUCUUCAGCUAGUGAUUAAAGUCAAAGGAAAAGAGGAAAUAUUCACGUUCCAAACUGAUAAUCCUAAUAUAAAGAAGGAGUGGAUUACAGAAUUAAGACUGGCGCAGUUGGCAUUGGACCCGAACAACUCUCCAGCCUGGGAAGUACCUGAACAAGAACAAAGACCAUCUACAAAAAUGCCGCUCUUCGUGAAGUCACAGAGUGUGUACAGUUCACAGCAUCAAACAGAGGUGCGCUGUGGUUGUUACUACACUGUAACUUUACCAAAGACAGCCAAAAGGAGACAUCGGAUCCAAAACUACCUGUGGGUUUGCACAACAGAUGGAGCCAGCAGUCACAUUUCCGUACUUGCUCAACACCACCAACAGGCUGGAUAUCUGAAAGACUUCACAUCAUUUUCGCUAGUGGAAACUCAGAUAACCGCUAUGGAGUUUGUAAAAGGUUCUUCGCCGCCGUGUCCAAACUUAGCUACAGACACAGUCUGGAUUGGUACCGACAGGCACAAACUUCUCUUGUACGCCGCCGAUGAACCUGAAAAACAAGAAGAAAUAGCCAAUACGACAGUUUCUGACGUCAUAAUGCAUAUUAAAUACCACUGUGAUAAUGUUUUCGUGGCUCUGGCCAAUGGAAAUCUCUGUGUAUAUAGAAAGAACCCCAUAGACGGUGCUUGGCUCAUCAACGAGCCUCAAGUCUUGAAUUUAGGAACUGACCCAGUGUCGUGCUUAUUGCCAAUCAACCUUUCGUUGUAUGCCGCUUGCGGAAAGAAGGUAUGGGUAUUAAAUGGUAUGACAGGAGACGUACAGAAAAAUUUCUCUAUACAACAUGAGCACUUCGGAAAUGUCAAUCUUAUGGCCCAUAGUGGUAUAGGUUUAUGGAUAUCCCAGAAAAAUUCUAGUACAAUAUGUCUGUACCACACAGAAACGUUUAAACAUCUCCAAGACAUCAACAUAGCUUCGAUAGUCAUGAGAAUCAACGGCUCUCUAGGUCCCAGAGAUUCUUUGAACAACAAUAGAUCGGUGGUAUAUGUCACUGCUCUUUUAGCCUGUAAGGGAUUAUUGUGGGUAGGAACCAAUGUAGGUAGAGCUUUGACGAUACCACUGCCAAGACUGGAAGGAGUGCCCAUCAUUAGUGGGCGGGUGAAUAUUUCCUAUCACGCUCAUUUUGGACCAAUAUCCUUUCUACUAGCUCUACAACCAAAGAAUUACAAUAACUCUUCACUAAAGUCAGCUUUAAGCAAAGAAGAAGUAAAACAAGAAUCUGAAAGUAUGGAUAAUAGCUUUGUAGAAAAGUCAGAAGAUAGUCCAAUUAGACCUAAAAUGGAAAAGCAGCUGUCUGACAGCUCGAUGCAUAGCGUGUCUGCCAAACUUAAAUACCUGGCCGGUAGUCCCGUAGUUUUAAGAAAAAGAAGAAGUAAAGAAAACGAUCUGGCGAGGAUAUCUAAGACGUUACCAAGAGGUUUAGGUAACGGUGGGUCAAUCUUCUCAACUUCUAGCACAUCUUCCCAAAGCUCAGGUGAUACAAAUAACGUAUACGGACUCUACAGCGAACUGAUGUACGUCAAAGACUACGAGCGGGAAGAAAACAUCCUCACCGAUCCAGUAUAUGAAUCUCUUAGACGCAGCGAUCCAGAACUAGCUGCUAUUCCAAACAAAGUCAGUACUCUCGACAGAAGACUAAAGAUGAAGGUAUCUCGGCCAAGAUCUUUAGACUUAUCGAAUUGGUCGGUAGACUCCAGGUCCUCUAGCCUCUGUACUUCGUCUGGAUCAGAAGAGAGCAUGGCUAUGAGGCUUAACAACAUGGCGCGAAGCGUCUCAAGAAACAACUCGAAUGCCUCAAGACAGCUGAACGGUGUUAGUGAAACAGUUAUAGAAAAAGAAACUCCGGUAGACAAAGAGGCUGUCAGUGUAGUAAAACCAACAAACAGUAGGACAUUAUCUAAGAACAAAAAUAAUAAUUUUGACAACGGUAGAAGGACUGUCAUUACUUUAAUGGGUGGGAGAGGUUAUGUCAAUUACAGACAACCCUGCUGCUCAGCAGAUAAAAUGAAACCCGGUAUUACCGGCAAAGAUGCUAAUUGUAAUGAUGCUCAUAUUGUUAUAUGGGAAUUAAAAUUGUGAUCUGUUUAGGACAAAAAUGUUUUUAUUAAAGAUUAUUUAAAAAAUAGAGAAAGCGUUUUGUGGUCUAUGAAACCUGUACAAAACGAGUCAGAAAAAUAGAAAUAUAUUAUAUAAUAAUAGCCAAAAGAUUUUCUAAUAAUGUUAGCCCAAUAUUAUAAACUAUUGCCCACUAUUAUCAGUGUAACAUGUACUUUUCUACCAAAUAUUUUAUAUCUAAUAUAACUGGUAAUAUUGUCAAGUAGAAUUAGUUUUAUAUCCUUAAUUUAAUGAAUGGGAGAUAAAAAUCCUUGAUCACCAAUCUGUAUACGAUUUCUGAAUGUAUAUACCAGCCAACUCUCUUAGUGAAUCUUACUUCUUUACUAAAUUCUUUACUUCACUUCAUCGUAGUCUUUCGUUUGUCCAUGUUCUUCUAUUUGACUUCAGUUCUUAGUAGGUUUUUAUGGAUUUUCCUUUUCCCAUAUACAUGUUCUUUUUGGAGUUAUUUCAAUAAGAGUAUCAUACAAACUCAACUGUUUUUUAUUAAUAAUAUUUUAAUUUUUAGUUAAUACUUUAUUUCAUAUUGAGUGGGUACCAUUUGAUAUUAGGUAUUCAGGUACUUCUGAUAUAUUCAAGUGAUUCAGUCUUACACUAUGUAUAUUCAGGUUCAGUUUCCACUAUCUUUUUGUGUUUAUUGUAUUAGAAAAUACCCUUUAUUUUUGUUUCCAAAUUAAAAUAUAGCCUUGGUAAUUUGUUUUUCUCUACCAAAGAUUUCUGUAUUGAUAUUUCCAUUAAUAUCGCUACCCAGGUAAUUGUAGAUUGUGAAUAGUCAAAUUCAUUUGCUUUGCAUUUUUUUACACCUAUUGAUUGAAUUUUUUGUAAUAAAAAAAUAUUGCUCAAAUUUUUUCAGAUAUUACAACUUUCUGACUGAUUUUUGACUCGGUUUGUACAUCUAAAUUAAAUUUUUUUAUAUUUUUUGAUAACUUAAAAGAUAUUUGCAAAAACAUCAGACCGAAUAAGCCUUUUCUCAACACUUAUUGAGUGCUUUUUAUAUGGUAACAUUGUUAUUGUAGAUCAAAAGAGAUAGAAAAUUGAGUAAAAUAGAUUCAUCGAGUUGUCUAAUUGUUUACAGGUUUAUAUUAUUUUCUUUUGUUUAUAUAAUUAAUAAACAUCUUAAAAUCUCAAAUAGUCUUUCUGCGUCUUUCUAAAAGUUGUGCUCUAAGCCUCUAUAGGUAGGACUUGUACUAUAUUCGUCCGUCUUCUUUACAUGCUCUUACCCAAUAAAAAUAAUCAUAUCUUGACUGAUUUAUUAAGCUGGGUUUAUUAUUAUUCCUCGUUUGUAUUAAUGUCUAAAUUCUCAAUUUUUUAGCGUUCAUACACCUACACUCUCUGUUAAUUUCUAAAUUCUAUUUUUCAUUUGAGUGUAUAAAAUUGAAGGUUGUCUUUUCAGAUAGACACCACAAAGAGGUGUAAUUCUUUAUAGAGCAGGACGCAACUGUAAACAUAUUAGUACAUUUGGAUGUUGAGAGGUGACUCAUAUUUUUUUGCAGAAAUUACUUGUAAAUAACUCAUAUAAUAAUAUUUGAGCUAUCCUCCCUCUCAAGAAGGUCCGGAACAUUGUUUAAAUAAUCAAAAUGUCAAAAAAUUAAGGAAAAAGUCGAUUUUUUUCUUCGUUUUUUGAUUAUAGUUUUCAUUUCCGAGAAAAGUUGCACUGACAUAAAAGUUGCGUAAUUAAAUUUUCAGUAGUAAUUGCACAAGAGCUCUAAAAUUAUCGAAUUUUUCCCGAGUGACACUUUGACAGUUUUAAUUUCACGACCCGAAGGAGAGUGAAAUUAUGUCAAAGUGUCACGAGGGCAACAAUUCGAUAAUAAUUUUAGAGAUCGAGUGCAAUUUGCUGCGAUUAUUUCAUGAAUAAAACUGUUCAAAACCACAAAUAUGUACCAAAAAAAAAAUUGUAUUGUAAUUUAUUUAUGUAAGUACAAAUUAUUAGUACAAUUAAACACACAGUUGUUUUAAAUAUUUGACUGUUGAAAGUCAUUACUUUUAUAUUGUUCUGAAGCUAUUUCCUUGUGGCAUUUUUAUAAUUAACUAUUUAGAUGGGAAAUAAGCCACAAUUAAAUUGAUAAAAUAAUUUUAUUAACGUUUCGACGCCCAUAUCGGGUGUCGUUGUCAAAAUACAUAAUACUACUAGAUUAAACAAAAAUGUUGUUGCUUAGUAAAAAAUUCUUCUAAUAAUAAUAAAUAUAAACGUGAAUAAAAUUAAUUUUUCAAUUUAAUUGUGGCUUAUUUCCCAUCUAAAUAGUUAAUUAUCACUUUUAUAAUUUUUAAAACAUUAAUUGUCAUUACUGUCACUUAAUGUAUUUUUUCGUAGCAACGAAGGGCAUCUGACGUAAUAUACUUGACGACGGGAUAUUAUCAAAAAUUAUCACUUUAAUUUUUAUUUAUGUAGCUUUCUAUUGGUCAGAAUCUCCUAUGAAUGAAAUAAUCUACAAUAUAAGAUUGGUUGAAAAUUUUAAAAAUUGUCACCCUUGUUGCAAAAUAGCAAAAAAAACAUAAAAAACAGUAUUCGCAUUUUACGUUUUUCAACCAUUUAGAACCUUCACAUUUUACCCUUAAAAACUUUAGAAUAUAAUAAAACAACACUGUAAAAUUCAUUAAGAACGGUUCAAUAGAUUUUGCAAAAUAAAUUUUAUAAUCCAGCUUUCGCAAAAAAAAUAAUUUUUUCAAAAUUUUUCAUAACUGAAAAUAAAGCAGGCAAGUUGAAUUUUUUUUGUAUAUAGAAGAAUACGUUACCUUUCAUUUGCAAUUUUCAAAAUUAAAAUCGGUUUACUACCACAGCGUCAGGAAUUUUUUUAAAUAAACAUUAAUUUUUGGUGCUACGCGCAGGACAGCGGAUACGUUUGCUCUGAUUGGGCAUUUCAGUGACCUUUGAUAAUGAUUGAUAAAUUUUAAUUUUUAGUAAAUUUCGAUAUAAAUAAAUAAAUUUGUUUAUUGCAAAAUAAAAACACCUACUCUGUCCUUUGAAAUAACACUUUUUUUAACAAAACUUUCUUUGUUCAUAUAUUUUAACAAUAAAAGUUUAUUAUUUUUAAACAUAUGCAAUUGUUUAAACAGUAUUUCAAAAACAAUAAUCAAACUAGUUUGAUUUUUGUGGAAUUAAAAUGUUAAAAUACAACAAAAUAUAGAGUAAGAAAAUAAUAUAUCAGAUAAAUAUUGGAAGAAAUUUUGGUGGAAAUCAACUUGUGUAAAUCGAACACCGCUGUGCUGCGCGUAGCACCAAAAAUUAAUGUUUAUUUAAAAAAAAUUCUGACGCUGUGAAGGUUAAUCGAUUUUAAUUUUGCUAUUUUGCAACAAGGGUGACAAUUUUUAAAACUUUUAACCAAUCCUAUAUUGUAGGAAAUUUAAUUACGCAACUUUUAUGUUAGUACAACUUUUCACGGAAGUGAAUAGUUUUAAAGUUAUAAUCAAAAAACGAAGAAAAAUCGAAUUUUUCCUUCAUUUUUUGACAUUUUGAUUAUUUAAACAAUGUUCCGGACCUUUUUGAGUGGGAGGGGAGGAUAACUCAAUUAUUAUUAUAUGAGUUAAUUCCAAGCAAUUUCUGCAAAAAAAUAUGAGUCACCUCUCAACGUCCAUCUCAAAACAGAUGCGCCCUGGACUAUUAAAAGAAACUUGUGUUCAGAUUCUAUAUAACGGAUAAUGAUUAAAUGGUUUGUUUUAUAUCUUCUAUGUCUUUAUAAUCAGUAUAUUCUAAGGAUUAAAAAUAUAUACUUUGAAUUCUUCGGUUAUAAAUAAUUAUCAUAAUGUAUAUUUUAAAUUUAUGAGAAGAGAAGAAGAAAAUGAAUUAACUAGACCCCCAACGCUAGAGGAGGUCCAAUCGGCAAUCCACAUACAAAAAAGCCAUAAAGCACCGGGAAUAGAUAAAAUACCGGCAGAACUACUCAAGCAAGGAGGAAGGAAUUUGACACAACAGAUGUACCAGCUAAUACGAGAGAUAUGGAUAGAAGAAGAAAUUCCCCAACAAUGAAAGAAAAGUAUAAUCUGCCCUAUUUAUAAAAAAGGAGACAACCUGUUGUGUCAGAAUUAUAGAGGCAUCUCUUUACUUUGUUCGGGAUACGAAAUAUUCACAAACAUCCUUAAUCGAAGACUUCAACCUCUCACGGAAAAAAUCAUCGGGGAAUAUCAAGCAGGGUUUAGGCAAAAUAGAUCUACCAUUGACCAACUAUUUACAGUUAAACAAAUAGUAGCCAAAGCAUGGGAAUAUGACAUGGACGUUUACAAUCUCUUUGUAGAUUUUAAACAAGCCUAUGAUUCAAUAGAUAGAACAAUUCUACCUAAUAUAUUGGAAGAAUUUGGCAUACUAUCAAAAUUAAUACGACUAGUGCAAAUGACAAUGACAGAAACAGAAGCACAAGUAUGUAUUCAAGGACAGAUCACUGAUGCGUUUACGAUAACGCAAGGACUGAAACAAGGCGACGGACUGGCUCCAACGCUUUUUAAUCUUGUUCUUGAAUAUGUAAUUAGACGGUUGACGGUGAGUGGAAAUAACAUACUUACAAACAAAUCUACCCAAUGAGCAGCAUACGCGGAUGAUAUAAACAUAAUGAGCAGAACAAUGAAUGCAGCGGAAGAAACCUACGUUGAGUUGAAACAGAGUGCAGAAGCAGUAGGGCUAGCAAUAAACACAAAUAAAACAAAACUACUCAUACAAAACAGAUCAAAUAGACCGGCGCAACAACACUUUAUUGACGAUAUAGAACAUGUGAAUAGAUUCACGUACCUAGGAAUGGAUCUGGUUGCAAGCAAUGAAGAAGAACCGGAAAUUAAUAGAAGGCUUGUGCUGGCAAAUAAAGCCUAUUUUGCGAUGGGCCACAUAUUCAAAUCGCGAGACGUACACCGGAAAACAAAACUCAGGGUAUAUAAAACAAUAAUCAGGCCCAUAGUAAGUUAUGGCUGCGAAACAUGGGUGGUGACACAGAAAUCUGCCAAUGCAUUAGAUGUGUUUGAAAGAAAAGUAUUACGUAGGAUACUGGGCCCAAUAAGUGAAAAUAACAACUGGCGAAUUAGGUAUAAUAGAGAAAUAUACGAGCAAUAUAGCGAACCAACUCUAGCACAACACACUAAACUGCAGAGAUUACGGUGGGCAGGGCACGUGGUCCGCAUGCAUGAGAAUAGAGUCCCCAGAAAAUUGCUGAAUGCAAGAAUGCAGGGAAGAAGACCUGUUGGAAAACCUAAAAAGAGAUGGGAAGACGAAGUCGAUGAGGAUGCCAGAAACUUCCUGGGAACGCGUUCAUGGAAAAGAACAGCGGUAAAUCGAAAUGAUUGGAAAAGCUUAUUGAAUGAGGCCAAGGCUCGAUUUGGGCUGUAGUGCCAUUGGAUGGAUGGAUAUUUUAAAUUAGGUUGUUCCAUUAUUUUUUGUAUGUUUUGUCUCAAUAAAAACUUUUGUCGAAUAUUCAUUGAUCUUCUGUCUUUUAUAGUUUCGAAAAUAACAGCUGUUUUAGUCUGAUAAAAAGCACCCAGUAAAAAAUAAAUGUGUAUUUUAGAUAGCUAUUAUAAAUGUCAAUAUUUUUAUGGCCUAUGAAAUAUUACAAUUUAGGAUCUUUCUAAGUUUAUUUCUUAAUUUAUUUUGAUGUCAAACCAUUUCUUAAUUUAUUAUUUUUGAACAUAAUGUCAUCACAAUUACACAAAAAAUUACCUGGACUACCCUUAUUACCUUUAGAUAUAUUUGUAUAUUUUAUAUUCAACACAUGUCCCUGUUAUUUUUUUAAAAUAGUUGCAUGUUACUAUAAUAAAUUUAUUAUUGUUCACUGUGUUAUAUCAGAGCAUAUAUUGAAAUAAAGUGUAAAACUCA